UCCAUGCGCAAGCAGGAAGUACAUGCGGGAUACGGGGAUCCCAACGAUUAGCUACGUUUUUAACCUUUUUAAGUUUUUAAUUCGUGGCGUUUAACAAUAUAUUCGUCGUAUUUAUGUGACAUCGGUAUUACUGUAUUUAUCGUGCUCCACAGCUUGCCGUCCUGGUCAGUGGUCCGACAGUUAUUGAUGCCAGAGCCGUUUAUACAUCAUGUUUUGAUUGUGUAUUACGCGGAAUUUCUCGUAGAAAACGUCAAAGCUGUGAAUGCUCGAUUCCGGUUCACACAGCCGGUUGCUACUAUGAAUGCCACGCGUUUGUGCAUGCAGCCGUGUAGCAAUAGUGUGCAAGUGUGUUGAGUCGGCGCUCUGCCCUUGUGCAUAGUUCAUGGUGAGUCAGGAUGAGCAGAAACCACGGGAAAGAUGGUGCUUUCUGAGCCUCACUGGGAUCAGCAUAUCCCUCUGCCGAAACUGGGACUCUUUCACUCCCGGCUGGUCACUGCCUUUGUUGCCCUGAUCUGUUUUAUAAACAGCUAUGAUGGGGACUUUGUCUUUGAUGAUUCAGAAGCCAUCAUCAAUAACAAGGAUUUGAACCCUGGUUCUCCUCUGGGCAACAUCUGGAAAAAUGACUUUUGGGGAAGUAACUUAAGUAGCAACUCCAGUCACAAAUCGUAUCGGCCGCUAACCGUCCUGACCUUCAGGAUAAACUACCUCUUGGCCGGUGGACUGUUUCCAGUUGGCUUCCACCUUCUCAACGUUGGCCUCCACUGUGUUAUUUCUGCGUUAAUGAUUGAUGUGUUUUCAAUAUUAAUCGGAGGCCUGUCUCACGACGGACGAGGGUCAAAAGUCAAUAUCUCUCCGAAAGCCUCGUUCCUCGCUGCGCUCUUCUUCGCCGCGCACCCGGUUCACACGGAAAGCGUGGCUGGCAUUGUUGGCAGGGCAGAUUUGUUGUGUGCCCUGUUUUUUCAGCUCUCUUUUCUGGUUUACUGCAAAGCAUUUCAAGGUAGCGAUAAAAAGUUCUCUGUGUCAUGGAUGAUGGGAAGCAUUCUUCUGUGUGCUGUAGCCAUGCUCUGCAAGGAACAAGGCAUCACGGUUUUGGGAGUGAAUGCUGUUUAUGAUAUUCUCAUAGUCUGUAAUCUGAACAUCUGUGAGCUUGUUCAGCGGCUGCUAUUCAGGAGAAAAUCAUCUGACAUUGGAGAGUUGGUGAGGAACGGUUUGCUUGUGAGGUUGGCUAUUCUCUUUUUUGGAGGAUCCUUUCUGUUAUAUGUAAGAUGGAGGAUCAUGGGAACUGGGCCUCCUUCAUUCACUGAAGUGGAUAACCCAGCAUCCUUUGCUGAAAAUGUCAUCCUGAGGAUUGUGAACUAUAAUUACUACUACUCGUUGAAUGCCUGGCUGCUGCUGUGUCCCUGGUGGUUGUGUUUUGAUUGGUCAAUGGGCUGUGUGCCUCUGAUUAAAUCAGCCAGUGAUUUGAGGAUCGUCUGGCCUCUUGUGCUUUGGUGCUGUCUGUUAGGCUUGGUAAGCCAAGCUCUGUGCUCACUGGACAGCAGUAAAAGAAGGACUCUGACAUUUGGCCUGGUACUGCUGGUAAUUCCUUUUCUGCCAGCCAGUAAUCUUUUCUUCAGGGUGGGCUUUGUGAUAGCCGAGCGGGUGCUGUACCUCUCCUCCGCUGGGUACUGCCUCAUUCUGGCCUACGCCGUGGGCUACUGUAGCUGCCGCUGGAGGAAACACAGGAGGCUGCUGAGAGCGGCCACGUUGAUGCUGCUGUGUGUGAACGUGGCUCGCUCUGCACAGCGCAGUCAGCAGUGGAGGUCUGAGCAGAGUCUCUUCACCAGCGCCCUGUCUGUCUGCCCUCUCAACGCCAAGGUACAUUACAAUGUUGGCAAAAACCUUGCUGACAAAGGCAACCAGAGCGCUGCAGUCAAAUACUACAGGGAAGCUGUGAGAUUACACCCUAAGUAUGUUCAUGCUAUGAACAAUCUUGGCAACAUAUUAAAGGAGAGAAAUGAGCUACAUGAAGCUGAGGAGCACCUGUCAGCUGCCGUUCAUAUCCAGCCUGAUUUUGCUGCAGCUUGGAUGAAUUUGGGUAUUGUGCAGAACAGUCUGAAGAAGUUUGAUGAGGCUGAACUGAGCUAUUGGAACGCAAUUAAAUUCAGGAAGAAAUACCCAGACUGUUACUACAACUUGGGACGCCUGUAUGCAGACCUGAACCGCAGCAUAGAUGCGCUGAACGCCUGGAGGAAUGCCACCAUGCUGAAACCUGACCAUAGCCUGGCCUGGAACAACAUGGUCAUACUAUUGGAUAACACUGGCAACCUGGCUCAGGCUGAGCUGAUUGGAAAGGAAGCAUUAAAGAUAUUGCCGAAAGAUCACACCAUCAUGUUCUCUCUCGCUAAUGUCCUUGGGAAACAGGAAAAAUACAAGGAGUCCGAAGGUUUCUUUCUCAGCGCUCUGAAGAUCAACCCAAACGUUGCCAGUUGCCAUGGCAAUCUUGCUGUUCUUUAUCACCGUUGGGGAAAACUAGACUUUGCAAAGAAACACUAUGAACUGGCUCUUCUGCUGGACCCCACCGCUCCAGGAACCAAGGAUAACUACAACAUGCUGAAGCGUAAACUGGAACAGAGGCACAGGACUGUUGGAUAACACCGCUUUUGAUAACUGCAUGCCACAGAUGUUAUCUUUGUAUGUUAUCUACAUAACUUAAUUAAAAUUGAUCUUACUAGUG